AUGGGCUGCUGCCUCUCUCGUUCUUCGGGUCCCAACUCUCCCUACCCAGGUGGCGCACCCAACGCUUCGUCCCGCGCUAUCAAUCCUCCCCCGCUGGCACUCCCAGAAGCUGCUCAACCGCAAAUCCCCGCCGAAAGACGUCGCCAGCACCGUCGCAACAACCGUCCCCUGGAUCAGCAUAUCGAUAAGCCUUUGCGACGACACGAGUGGACCUCACGCGAUCGCACAUGGACCAAGAGCGAAUUGAUAAAGGAACGAGCUGCCUUCUUUGACACAAGAGUCACCGGCAGGCCCGAGAUAUGGCAGACUAUUCAUGCGGCGCUGGCUGUCUUGUGGGAUCCAGAGGGCCAGGACGCGCAAGACGACGGAUCCAAUGGCCUUGCGACGGCUCAGAUGAUUCUGUCCGCUGCUGAGAUCUCUCUACCAACUGGCAACCUCUCCAAUGGCGUCUACGACUCUCUAGGAAACUACUAUCAAUUGCCGGAAUGGGUUGUUUGUGAUCCGCUGAAUGUGCAGGAGGAUCGAGAAGACGGCGCAAAGAGCAAUGUCUCAAAUGCUGGCGACGAUACAGCAGCGGAUGAAGAACUGAGCGACGAAGAGAUGGAGGGCAAGAAACAAGAAAAGGGCAAAGAGGUGGACGAUGCCCAAGAGACAGUCAAACUACGAGCCAGGCUCAGUGAGAACGGCCAAGAUAUCAAUGUCGCCAUAUAUGAGUCGGAUACUGUUCGUAGUGUAGCCAAAAAGAUUGCUCUCGAGGCUGGCCUUGCGUCGACCAAGAAGAUCAGGAUAGCAUACAUGGGUAAGAUUCUUAAGGACAAUCUGUCUCUUACGGCACAAAACUGGCAAACUGGCCAUGUCGUCAAUGCCCUUGUCUUUGACAUUUGA